AUGAUCAUCCCACUGCAAGUAGAGCAAUCCUUAGUGGAGAACUCGAAAAGAAAACCUUUUAGUCCGCUGGAAAUAAAUCCAAAAUAAUAUUCAUUGUCUAGUAAACUAAAUCUUCUUCAACUUGAUAUUAUCACUCCUAAUCAAACCAAAAGUAAUCAUUCAAAUGCGAACAUCUAAUUCGGACUAUAAAAAUUACUGAAAACAAGCCCUUACGCAUAAUUCAUCAAAUAAAAGUCACAAUAGCAAAUUAGUAGCAUUGAUAGUUGCUCUUAAAAUGUCUAUAAUGGAACUACUCAGCAGUCCUCUUAAACUAAUGUAAAAGCAGAUACUAAAUAUAUGAUGUCCACUAAUCAAAGCAACAUCAAAAGGAGAAUUCACAACUCCAUGAAGAUUUUUGCUCCAAAAAAGUCGCUGGAGCUUUCUCAUUAAUUAAAUUCAACUCAAAAAGACAAAUAAACAAUUAAAGCACUUUAGGAUCUAUUAGUACGAUCAACCUAGACUCUACAAUAGUAUAAAGAAUAGAUCACCAGAUAUGAGUAGGAGAAUAUCAAACUAAAGGAGCAACUUUCUAGUUUGAAAGUAGAGAGUUGA